ACGUCAGUUCGAUAAAAUAGUAAAUUUUGUCUGUGGUCGUAGACUCUCAGUACUUUCAGCUUUUAGUGAAGAGACUUAUUUUUCAUUGCUGAUUUUAAUUAAGUGAAAUGAUAGACUGGAUUUGAAACAUUUCAAUAUGGGGAGGCCCUACUCUGGUAUGAUUGGACAAUGGAUAGCAUGAAACACUUGCAAUAUACACAAUGAGUGCCCCAAGUGGGUGUGUCAACUGCAGUGAUGGCUCAGAGAAGUCUGACUUGAAGCAUGAGGCAGAGUGCUCAGAGGGGGAAGAUGCUCAAAUUAGACUUGCGCCUCAUGUGCAGGCAUACCUUGCACAUAAUAGCCCAACAACCAACUGUUGUGGGCUCACCAUCCCCAUCGCUUUUGAAAGGGCUGCCCCGGGUACAUGGUGGAAUCCCAGAUUUGAUUCCAAGAUACUUGAAGGCCAAUAUAGACAUAGUUCCUUUAGACAAAUAAGAUUAAGAUUCAGAUUUGCACUUUUAUACAUUUUGAUAUUUUCUAUAUCAUGGUUUGUCUACUUUGUGGUCCUGGGUUUGAAUGGUAUGACAGUGAAAUGGCCAUUUCUGUGUUCUAUAUUUGCUGGAGUCCUAUUGAUAACAUCUGUUAUGUUGUAUGUCACAUUCACAAAUGUAUACAAGCGGUAUACAUUCAAGAUAUCCUUAGUUAUGGCCCUGGCGCUGUGCACUCUUAGCCUGUCACUUGUGACACUCACCACACAGGUGCAGCCGCAUGGACUGCCUCCCCGCGCGGCCGACAUUAGCCAAUCAGGACACUUCAUCAUGUGCAUUGAAAUCCUGUUAAUUAUAUAUACACUUACACCUCUACCACUGUUUGCCUGUGUUAUCACUGGAAUUUUAUAUUCAGUUGUUUUUGAAGUGUUGAACAUUGUGUUGCACCUGACCGAACAAGAAUGGCAAGGUCCCGGGCUAUUUGUAAGGAUCCUGUUGCAGCUGUGUGUGCACAUUAUCGGUAUACAUAUAUAUUUAAUGACAUUUGUCAGAAUGCGCGGUACGUUUAUGAAAGUAGGUCAGAGUUUGUUGGUGCGAAGGCAGCUAGAAAUGGAAAAGCAGUUGAAAGAGAAAAUGAUACAUUCAGUGAUGCCUCCAAAGCUCGCGAGCUGCCUGAUGGAGGAGCAAGUUUUAGAAUCAGAGCCUAAUCUGAAGAAUCGUCAUGAUCCACUCAAUGCAAGGCCUUCUAACCCCGCAGCAGGAGAUAUUAAGUCACUGUUCCGACCAUUUAACAUGAGCUGUAUGGACAAUGUCAGUAUUUUAUUUGCUGAUAUUGUCGGUUUUACGAAAAUGUCCAGUAACAAAGGUGCUGAAGAGUUAGUGAAUAUACUGAAUGAUUUGUUUGAGAAAUUUGACGAGCUGUGUCAGAUACACGGCUGUGAGAAGAUCUCGACAUUAGGGGACUGUUAUUAUUGUGUGUCGGGUUGCCCGGAGCCGCGCCCGGACCACGCCACAUGCUGCGUGGAGAUGGGGUUAGGUAUGAUAGAUGCGAUCCAAGAAUUCGACAGAGAGCGCGGGGAGGGCAUCAACAUGAGAGUGGGCGUGCACACAGGGACGGUGCUGUGCGGGAUCGUGGGCACCCGCCGGUUCAAGUUCGACGUCUGGAGCAACGACGUCUCCUUCGCCAACAAGAUGGAGUCCACCGGCAAGCCCGGACGAGUACAUGUCUCUGAAGAGACAACCAGGUUUCUCGGAGGCUCGUAUGUUCUCGAAGAAGGCGACGAAGUAUUUGGUCAUAAAACAUACUUCAUAGAGGGUCGCCAGCUGAGCUCCCCGUACGACCACGAGCAGUGCCUCACGCCCUCCAACCCCGUCAACUUGCGCCUCAUUAUAUCUCCCGCAGCAUCCCCUCAGUCCGUCCUUUCUUUCAUGCAACCCCCGCGCUCUCCCCAAUCUCCGCAAGGCUUCAAUGACGCUCGGAAAUCGGACAACUUUCUGGCGCCAGCUCCCUUUCAUUUCCGUGCUAAGGCUAGUUCGCUGCCCAGUAUAUUGGACUCCGACGAAAUGGAUGAAAAAAGGGAGAAAGGCUUUCCGGAGGGAACCGACAGCUCAUCUAAAAGUCCUACGUCUGUAGGAAGUUACGGCAAGUACGCAAGUAAGUUGAAGAAUUGGAAGGUGUCGAAAUUCUUAAGAAAACAUUCCGAUACCCCAUUGCACGCAAUAAAGAAACAAGCAUUCAAUGAUGCCGACAAAACACUUCAACUACUGUCGUGCGGCGACGCGCCAUCGAGCAACGGUUACCAGCAAGUGCCUAUCGUGAUAGAGGCUCAGGACACCAAGGCCAGGCCGACCAGCAGCAAGCUCAACACGCCUGUGAACCCCGACAUGGUGUCGUUUGAGAAAGAGAUCAUCGAUAUCCGGUCGUACCUGAGCCAGUCAAGGAGUAACAUGUCGCCCUUCGCGAGAAGUAGCAGCUAUAGGUCGCAGUACGGAAGGCCUACUAAUAUUGACAUCCCCGUGUGUCGCGCGCGCAGCUCGACGCUGGCCACGCAAGGGGAGCUGCGCGCGUGCGUGCGCAAGCGGCAGGACGACUCCGUCAGCCUGUGCCCGUCCGUCAACAGCCGCAAGGACAGCGGCAUACGGAGCACCAGCCGCCGCUCCAGCAUACAGCAGCAGAUAUUUGCCCUGAACCACACGGCGAUAGCGGUGUCGCAGGUAGACAUGAUGCAGCACCGCGUGUCAGGCUACUACACGUCGUCGCAGUCCUCGCUCAACGAGCCGUCCUCGCGCACGCGCCUGCCGCCGCCCCUCAACGACCAGCAGGUGCAGUCCCUGCAGAAGCUGCGCAAGCAGUCCGACCUGCAGCUCAUCCGCUGCGUCCAGGACAACGCCAGGUCGGGCAUCAACUACUUCGUCCAACCGCCCCUCAAUAGAUUCACUCUCUUCUUCAAGGCGCCAGAGAUAGAGGCGCAAUAUCGCGACAAAGCGCACCGAAGCGAUGACUGUGAGGAUUUCCCUCCGACUCUGACCACUUCAAGAUUUAACACCGCUUUAGAUAUUCUUGUUUCUGCUAUAAUCUUUUUAGCCGUUUCCGUUUCGAUAUUCGUUUUGUAUCACGCGUGGAGACAGUGGAUCGGGUGGUUCGUGCUCUUCAAUGUCAUAGAGGCUGUUACAAUAUCCUGCUGCGUCUACCGACACUACUUGAAAUGGAAGACGAAAGGGAACCCUCCCGUCACGGACACCAUCCAGCGGUCCGUGAAGGUAUUUAGGCAAUUAACGGAUUGGUUUCCGUGGCAUGUAUCGGGCGGGCUGCUAAUUAGCCUGCCGAUUCUGGCUAUUUUAAUAAAUUUCUCCUGUAAUUACACGACGAUGCCCAUUUUGAAGGGCGAGCAGUCCUUCUACGUGUAUUUGCUGUGCAUUAGCAUAGUCCACUUCUGUAAUUUUACCCAAAUGAACUGGCUGGUGAAGAACACUUUGGUGACUGUAUAUGCUGGCCUGUUCCUGUUCCUCGCCGUACUCGGGUGUCACGAAGUAAAUACUCAAUAUUUAGACGCUGAUAUUAUGCGGCCUUCAAUACUAGCCGCUACUUAUAAUAACUCAUUAAACGCGACCAAUGACUAUUCUGACGACUGGCUAGAGAACAACAGUACCGAGACAGGCGAAGGCACGCUGCACAAGAUGCAUUUAACGGAGCUUUAUUUAGACAUAGUUUUGCUGCUGAUGCUGGUAUGGUUUCUCAAUAGAGAGUUUGAGAUCAGCUACCGUCUCAGUUUCUACAGCAACGUUGUAGCCAACCGGGAUAAGCAGAGGGUCCAGAACAUGCGAAACCAAGCGGACUGGCUCCUACACAACAUCAUCCCGCGCCACGUCGCCGACCAGCUCAAGAACACCGCCAAGUAUUCUGAAAACCACAAGGACGUCGGUAUUAUCUUCGCUAGCAUAGUCAAUUUCAAUGAAAUGUACGACGAGUCGUACUUAAAGGGAAAGGAAUACCUUAGAGUUCUGAACGAGUUAAUCGCGGAUUUCGACGAGCUAUUAGAGAGACCGGAGUUUCAGCACGUAGAAAAAAUCAAAACUAUCGGAAGCACGUUUAUGGCGGCUAGCGGACUCAAUCCAGACUUGAGGCACUCUUCCCGCGGCUCACACGAUCAUCUCUACCAGCUGAUGGACUUUGCUUUAGAAAUGCAGAAAGUUGUGGACAAUUUUAAUCAAGAUUUGCUAGAGUUCGAUUUCAUUCUUCGGAUCGGGUAUAACUUUGGGGAUGUUACGGCUGGGGUUAUCGGCACAACCAAAUUGUACUAUGACAUUUGGGGCGACGCGGUGAACAUCGCGUCUCGGAUGGACUCGACGGGAGUCGUGAAGCGUAUCCAAGUGGGCGAGGCGUGCAUCCCCGUCUUGUCACCCAUCUACGAGUUCGAACAGCGCGGCAGCGUGUACGUCAAAGGCAAAGACGAUAUGAACGUAUAUCUCUUAGUCAGAAAAAAAUAACUCUAGAUGAAACAAAUUAUUUAUAAUGGAAAGUAGAAUCUGUGAUUUAAUUAUAUGUAUAUUUGUUACUACGUAACUAACGUAAUGAGGUUACAGUUUAAGAGAUGCUUGGGUCAUACACUUAUUUAGGUUCUAAUUGAAUUCCUCUGGAGUUGCAGGCGUACAAAGGCUACGGAGACUGCUUACCAUCAGGCGGGCCGUAUGCUUGUUUGCUACAGACGUAGUAUUAAAAAAAAUUUGAUUGGAUUGAAUCUGUUCCUGCAAGUUCUGAAUAUCGUUGAAACCAUUAUCUAUAAUUUUGGUACAGGCCAAAGUUACGUCGGUUUGAUCGUACAGCUCUCAACCAGAAAGAAGGCUCCAGUAUGCUUAACUUUUGGGGACAGAAGAAAGAACUUUUGUUUUAGAAGCCUGUGUAUGGCCCGCUUAUUUAUUGUGUGCAUUACAAAAGUGAUAUAAUGGCUUAAAGAAAUACUCCAAAUAUAUAAAGGAUAUUAAUUUAUUGUUAUUUGGCUUAAACCUAGCACUCACUACCCUGCUUGCAGUCCUGCUAUAGCGGGAGGUAGCCCUGCUAGAGCGAGAUGGUAAUCUUACUAAUGACUAUGUUUGUUUCUCACUUCAGCAGGCAAGCAGGAUCGUGUGCAGGUUCUAGCUUUUAGCGUGUCGAAUGGCAGCGUGUGUGACGCAUGUUUAUGUGGUGUAAAACAAAUCUCCUUGCCGCAUUCUCUAAUCUGUAACCAGUGCUCUAGUCCACUAUGAAAUUUCAUUGAACUGUAUUAUGUGACUAAAUAUUAUUUAUCCGUCUUAUAUGUAUUUGACCGUAGUUAAUUAUGUAAUUAUUAAUGAGGAAUAUUAAAGAUUCUUCCAAAGGGUAGCUAAAUGAUUUGUAAUGAUUCGAAUUGAUAAGAUGAAAAUCGUGUUAACUACGAAUGCGUAAUACAAAGGCAACGAAAUGGUAUGGGUUGUGGGUGAAACCUGACUUAUGUUUAUGACUUUGUUAGCCGUGUCGAUGUAUCGUAAUAUCAUACUUAAAUCCGAUUUAGACAGUUUUUGUAAAUGUACGAGUACUGCGUUCCGAAGCUAAUGUUUUCCUAUAGCUUACAGAGUAAUAUUGUAAAAUGAGUAGCAAAUUAUCCGUCAAUGUGUAAUGCCUCAGCUUUGGUGCGCCCUAUUUCAAAAGUAGAAGCAUGUACUGUUCUUUAUAUCCAAUAAUACGAUUAUUCAAGUAACUUAGUAGUGAUUAAUAUAUUACAAUCAACUAGCGCAAUUUACUAAUGUAUAGGGUUGCUGCGUUUAUUGUCUACAUAAACAUAAAAUUGUAUUUACGUCUGAAGACGAUUUGUGUCUUCGUUAAUGAGUUUUUUGUGUGAUUGUAUAUGUCAGAUACGAUGAGCUGUACUUGUACUUAUGUACUAUAUUGCUCGCAAAAGAUAUUCUAAUGCGAAAAUUUUACAACCGCGUGUCUUCUCAUUACAUACCUUGUAAGAAUUAUUUAAACUUAUGAUGAAAGCCUUGACUGUACAUUCCACUUGUAUUUAUGAUAUUGCCUUCGAAUAUAUAUUUUCUAGGGAAACGAAGUAUUUAAAGAAGGAUUUUUUCAGAGGGGAAUUUUUACUGAAUGUUGGACCAAAACUGGAUUAUUAGACGCAAUUAGCUCUCUUUAAAUCUUACCUCUUUGGUAAUAUAUUUGCUCUUUAUACAGUACAAAUUCGAAGAUGUACUGGUAUAUUUAUAAAUAGAAACCUUCUUGUGAUACGUGAAAAUCGAUAUAUAUGACUAUAAUAUUUAAGGAAAACAUUUUUCUUUAUAUACAUGAUACCUAAUCCCUACCUUUUUCAGUAAAACAACGUACAAUAAUAAAAUAUUAAAUUUAA